AUGCAUUCUAAUAAUAGUAUCAAACCUGGUCGGACAUUUCUCAUAUCAGGGUUUAUUCGACGUAUAACUUCUGAAUCAAUUUCAGUAGAAGCUACAGAUAUUGAUUUCAUGUAUGCUCCUAGUGUUAAU